UGGACUGAGGCUAAUUUGGUGCUCAUUUUUAAUCGUAUCGCUGGCUAGAUGGGAGUAAUGAGACUAGAUAUUGAAUGAGUGAAUGAUGACAACACUGGAGCUUCUUGUGUUAUUCCGGCGCGAAUUUGUUGUAACUUCCGCACUGGCUUUGCAUAUAGAUAAGGCUGCAGUUUUUCGCAUGUCAGAUGACUAGGAAUAAAUCAAUUCACGAUUGAAACAGCCCAGUUUGGUUAUCAGCCAGGCAGUCUGAGUAAUCCAUUUAUCAAGAGGAAAAGGCAGUGGAGGAAAGUGGGCGUUUAGCUCUGCGCAAUACACCUCGAAAUAUGCGUGCUCAUCUUUAUCUCAUCUGCCAAGGAAGCUCCCUGAGUGUCUGGCCCGCAUCACAUGCCCUCCGGUAAUGCCACUCAAUUAAAUGAAAACUUAGUAGAGAGACGACAGCAGGGUCGCGCGAAGAGAGCUCAAAGCUCUCGAUUACAAGCUGAUAUAAAGGUCAACAUUAAAUCUAUAAACAUUGAGGCCUCAAAAGAAACCAGGCCUUAUCACGGAGCGCAGCUCAAUGCCGGGCCUCGGGGGACUAAGCGAUGUAAACAUCCGGCGAACACUGAAGUCGAGUCGCGGCAUCUACUUGUCAACGGUUGGGAGGCAAAGUGCGUGUAUAAACACAACGGCUCUUCCCCUAAUCUCCAAACCGUUUGUCUAAGAGAUUUGAGCAAGCCGCGCGCGAGAUCAGCAGAUUACAUCGCAACUGUAGCAAUGAUGGGGUCCUACAAACCCAACCAGUUCCCAGGCGUGGAGCUCCAUAACUCGCCGAGUACGCAAAGCCUCGGAGUGUUGUCUAAUGCAAGUACGAUAGUGCCUGGGAAAGGCGUUCGCAGAAUUCGCCUUUGUCUACUGGUUCUCUGCCUGCUGCUUUUCGUAGCGUGCAUUUUGCUCUCAGUAUUCUUAGCGAUUGAAAUAACGACAAGAGAGGCUCGUGGCAAUUGUUGCCCACACCAAGGCGGUUCCACAAGUAAUCAAAAGGUCUGCAAUACCGCGGAUUGCUUGAAAAUCGCCUCUGAAUUUACUCGGAACAUAAACAUUUCUGUCGAUCCAUGUGAUAACUUUUACCACUACGCGUGCGAUGGUUGGAUACGGGAUAACCCGAUUCCGCCCUCGGGAAGCGAGUACAUUACUUUUAUUAAAGUGCAAAACCGCAUUAAUGAAGUAAUUCGCAAUCUUCUCGAGGACGAUACGAACUCAGAUGGCGGGGACGCGGUGCAAAAGUCGCGCGAUUUUUAUAAGUCGUGUAUGGACGAGGACCAGGUGGAGCGGACGGCGAAAGACGAGAUCCAACGACUGAUCGAUAGUCUUGGGUCAUGGGGGAUAGCGAAAUCUUGGGAAGACAGCACGUGGAGUUGGGAAGAAGCUCUUCUCAAGAUCCACAGCGCGUUCAAAAGAGCACCACUUUUCGUGGUUGAAGUUGAAGUAAACUCUAAAAACACGACACAGUAUAUUAUCAAGCUACUCCCAGCGGACUUCAGCCUGGGUGGUGCGUACUACGCCAAAAACGACACUAAGACCAUUUCAGCCUACAUAGACUACAUGGCCGCCGUGGGAUUGAUCCUCGGUGGAGAUAACACGACCACUCACCGGGACAUGGAAGAUGUGAUUGAACUCGAGAAACAGCUUUCCAAGUUGAAACCUACAGACCUCCAGAAGCGAGUCUAUCAUCCGAUGCCUCUUAAAGAAUUAAAGAGCUACAGCGAACAGUUCGACUUCACGGAUUAUCUUCGUAAGCUGUUCAGAAAGCAUGGCGUCGUGAUUGGCGAUGACGAGAUUGUGAAUGUGCCAUCGGCCGAAUACCUCUAUAAUAUGACCAAGAUUGUUCGUGAAACCAGUAAUAGGACGCUGUCGAACUAUUUCAUCUGGACCCUACUGCGAAACUUGGUCCCGUUUCUAUCCAAGCCCUUCCGUGAGGCCGAGCAGACGUUCUUAAUCAGGGUAGCCGGGGUUAAGAAGUCCCCGUCGCGAUGGCAACAGUGUACCAAUGCCGCCAACAACUUGGACGGGCUUGUGUUUGCUACUGGCGCCCUUUGGGUCAAGGAGGUGUUUGACAAGAGGGACAUUCCGAGGAUCCACGAGUUGAUGGACUGGAUCAGAAAGGCGUUUCGCGAUGAAGUGAGGGAACUGGACUGGCUUGACCACGAGACAAGGGAACAGAUAUAUGAGAAGGAGCGAGCGAUGUUAGAGAAGUUUGGUUACCCUAUGAUGUGUGUCAACGAAACACUACUGAACCAGUACUACGACGGGCUUAAGAUCAGCAAGAAUCAUUUCCUGCUGAAUCAAGUCAACAUUACUGAGUGGAACACCAAGUACAGACUGGCACGGUUACGGGAACCUGUUGAUAAGGAAGAGUGGUAUACUGGGCCUCAGACGGUGAAUGCUUUCUAUAUGCGGACAAGAAACGAAAUAAAUGUCCAUGCAGCCAUCUUAGCCUCUCCAUUUUACCAUGGAAGCAACGCACCACGGGCCAUCAAUUUUGGCGGCAUUGGAAUGGUUCUUGCGCACGAGCUAUCACAUGGAUUUGACGACGUCGGUCGUUUGUACAACAAGAAUGGAGAGAUUGUGGCCCAGUGGUGGUCGAACUACUCCAUCAAAGGAUUCGCUAACAAGACUGAAUGCAUGGUGGAGCAGUACAAUAACUACUCAGUGAACUUGCCAGGCUUAGGGAGACUCUACCUUAGAGGCGAGAAUACCCUUGGCGAGAACAUAGCCGAUAACGGGGGCUUGAAGGUCGCAUUCAGGGCGUACGAAAACUGGAUAAAGCAGAACGGCGAAGAAGCGAUCGUUCCAGGACUGAAGAAAACUAACCAUCAGAUGUUCUUCAUCAGCUAUGCACAGCUGUGGUGCUCGGAGUUCAGUACCGACAAGCAGUUUUCAAGGAUAAACAGAGACAGUCACUCCCUUCCUUACUUCAGGGUAAUAGGUGCGCUACAGAACAGUGAGGAGUUCGCCGAAGCGUUCCAUUGCCCUAAGGGCAGCUACAUGAAUCCCGUCCGUAAAUGCAGGGUCUGGUAACCACGUGAUCACAUGACGCAACCACGUGAUUAUCACGUGCCACUCUUUGGUACAGCUUCGGUCACCCUGUGGUACAGCUUGAAAGUCGCGUGGUCACCCUGUGGCACAGUUUAAAAGACGUGUAGUCACCCUGUGGUACAGCUUGCAAGACGUGUAGUCACCCUGUGCUGUGGUCACCCUGUGGUACUGCUUGAAAAAUUUGUUAUCACUCGUUAUUGCAGCUUAAAUAAAUUGUGGUCAUCCCAUGCCACUCUUUAAAGAAUUUUUCAUGAAUAAUUUAAUAAUCACCAAUGUAUUUAGCCAAAAUUUUAAGACACGCGGUCACCCUGUGGUAAUUUUCUAAAGUUUUAACUUGCUGACUUCUGUGGUACUGAAGUUUCCCUACCGUACCGGUGCUGAAGUUUCCGUAUGUGUAGUGUCCCAUGUGUAGUGUCCCAUAAUGUGUAGUGUCCCAUGAUGUGUAGUGUUCCACAAUGUGUAGUGUCGCAUGAUGUGUAGUGUCCCAUGAUGUGUAGUG